ACCUUCCAUACACAAAAACAAAAAGAAAACUCUUUGUAAAAAGAAAGAGUAACAUCAUAAAGAAAAGCAAAAAAGAAAGUUUCAUCAUUGGUCAUCACAUUUAGACACCCCACACAUAACAAACCUUCCCCACUCUUACUACUUUACUAGUCUCCUUUUGUUGUCAUUUCCUUACCGUUACAUAUUUGCCUCACCUCUUUUUUUUCCCACUUUCCCACUUGAUUUCCAAUUCAAUCCAGAAGAAUUGAAGCAUAGAAUUACUCCUACAAAUGGUGGGAGGAAAGAAGAAGAGGGAAGAAACUAUAUUAUCGUCGUCAUCGUCGUUUCGAUCGUCCUCUUAUCGGCAAGACUCGGUUUCGCCGGCAACAUCGACAGCCGCCCGUCCAAACAACAAUAAUGCUAAAACUGUCAAUGUUGGGUGCAUGUCCGGGAUCUUCCAACUCAUGUCUAAAUAUCAUACUCGUCGUAAAUUCCUCACUUUUGGUAGAAAACAAGAACGUAACACCGCCGUCGAAGCCACCACACCAUCACCACGUGAAAAAAAUGCACCACCAUUACCGAAACCCGAAUGUACACCUACGCGCCAACCACGUGAGCAAGGUUCACCGGCAGGGAGGUUAUCUCUUGAUCAGACACCGCGAAGCCCGUCGGUUCCGGCAGAGAUCCGACGGUCAUCGCCGGAAUCCUCAGCGAGGGUGGUGGCACGUCUAAUGGGUUUAGAUGAUAUACCGGUGAAUACCCAAUCUCCGGCGCCGGCGCCGGUGAGAGAGGUGUCGCCGGCGGCGGAGAAGAGGAGGAAGUUGCUUGGGGCGUUGGAAAAGUGUGACGAUGAUUUGAAGGCCUUGAAAAAAAUUAUCAAGGCGGUGCGUGCCACCCAAACGCCGCCGCGAGCGGUGGCGAUGAAGAGGAGAGAGGAGGUGGAGGAGGGAGAAAGUGAGGUGGGGAGUGACGAGCCAAGUCCUGUAUCGGUGUUGGAUCAUCAUUAUUUGUCCUCUACUUAUUCUAAGAGGACCCCUAAUGAACAAGUAAUGCAGCAGCAACAACAGAAACCAAAGCAACAAAGGCAACAGAUAACUAGGAAAAAGCCAGGGGAUCAUGAAGAUAAAGCCAUUAAUUUCCUGACCAAACCAACUUUUUCAAUUAUAUUCACCAGCACAGCAAGCACACCACAACAACUGCAAUCUCCUGCAAUAUCAGCAGCUGCAGCGGUCUCAGGAGUACCAUGGAGUACGGCCAUGAAGGAGAGCGUGAUCGAGGUGUGUCGAAACGUCGAAUUCGGACAGAUACAGGAGGUUGGAAGUAUUGGAAUGCUUCUGCAAGAUUGUAUUCUUAGAGAAUUGAUUGAAGAGAUUAUUAAGGAGUUGAGUUCUUAUAAUGUUCAUGUUCAUAGUAUUUCUUCUUUCAACUUAUCCUAUGAAGCAUACAAGAGAAAACUAUUCUUUUAGAGGGUUGUAAUGGGAUUAUGUAAUUUUACUUGUGUGUUGUUCUAUUGUGUAUGAUACAAGUUAGUUUUCUCUAAUUCAUUACUCGAUAUGAUACCUAUAAUCCUAUAUAUAUAUGUAAAAACUAAUUUUGUCCAUUAAUA